GAUGACCUACGGUGGGAUAACAGGUAUGAGUCUAUAUCUGAUGAGAUGCAUGAUUAUAACCUGGAACAACUCAGGAAGAAGGAGAGUGAGAUCAUUGUCAAGAUGAAUGGUAUACUAAUAUCCCAGCAUGAUCUCUUGACUUUGACAGGUUUGCGGUGGCUGAACGAUCAGAUUAUCGAAUUCUAUCUUCAGAUGGUGGCCAACAGGAGCAAAGAAGAGAGUUUCAAGAAGUUGCGCUUUCCCAGUUUGUACCCUAUGAAUACAUACUUUUUCACAAGGCUAUGUUUGGGAGGGUAUGAGAAGGUGAAGAACUGGACUAAGAAUGUGGACAUAUUCUCCUAUGAUAUGCUCUGUAUCCCAGUUCAUCAUAUGGAUAUUCAUUGGGCUGUGAUUAUUGUAGAUUUUAGAGUUCCAGGAGUUUUCUAUUAUGACAGCUUACGAGGAGAGGAUGAAGAUGUGAUAUUGGCUAAAUCCUUCCUAUCACAGAUAAUAAAUUAUCUUAAAGAGGAAUACAUGGAUAAGAAAAAUCUACAGUUGGAUCUUAGUAAGUACGUGAAAGAAGUUGUAGACAGCUGUCCCCAGCAAGAGAAUGGUAGUGAUUGUGGUCUCUUCGUCUGUAAGGUGGUUGAAUACCUGUCAAGAGAUGUACAACUAAAGUUCACACAGAACGAUAUGCCCUACUUCAGGCAACGGAUGAUCUGGGAGAUAGGAAAUAACCUCCUGAAAAGUACUUAGAUGAGUCUUCUGUCUGUAUUAAUUAGACAGUCUACUGUCUUUAUUACUUGAAGUGAGUCGUCCAUAUUUUAGACACAAGAAAAUGUUAAGGGAAUUAAACGAAUCAAUUAGAGAUAAAUUGUAAAAUGAAACAAUAGUGUAAUAUUCAAUUUAAUCAGAUUCCCGUAUAAUGUUAUACAUUUUUUCUAAAUUAUAAAUUGAACUUUUCGUUUAUUUUGUUUAAUGUUGGAUUACUGUUGAAAGAAAAAAAAGACUAUUAGUCUUGUGUGAUAAAGUUGUAAAUAUGAAUUAAACU